AUGCAUGAACACGGAAGCGCCGCUCGUGUUGAGGUGGAUCGAAAGGUCUUCGGGAGAUAUCACGAAACACUGCGUUUACUAGUGACGAGCCGGCACGAGGGCGAUAUCGAGGUGAGUAUCGGUUCGCUCUGCCCACAAGGACACGUACGCGUUGGAGAGGAUUUCGCCAACGAAGACACCGGGAUAUAUCUUGAUGGAAUGCUUGGAAGGCACACAAAGUUGGCAAAACGACGUGAGGAGAUCAAGGCCAGUUUGCUUAAGAAUGCUCAAGGAAUGUUCGGACUGGCUGCAUUGCAGAUCGAGGAUCUCAUCAAAUGCCGGAAGCGGAAGGAAAUGCAGGAACACCUGGAUCGUCCUCCAAGCACGCUGUUCGCGAUGUAUGAUCGGAUCUUAUCACGGCUUGACCACGGAGGACGCGAGGACGCGCGGAAGGUCCUGUUGUGGCUCGCUUUCUCAGUUCACAAACUAAAUCUUCGUCAACUCGUCGAAGUCAUUGCUGUAAACUUUGACACCGAGGAUGAGCCUUGCUUCUAUCCCACUUCCCGAUACGAGGACUCAUAG